UGUUGGUCGAGCAACUGAUGGAAUUUCUCUGAAAACAGAUAUCGCUUGGUAACUUGGAAUUCUUUAUUAUUGACUGAAACGUUAAAGAUACGAUUUAAACUACUGAGGUCUAGGCCUAUAACAAAACAUCUAACCAUUACUAGACGUUUAGUAAACAGCCUACUAGAAGACGUGGAUUUCACUUCGGAUUUCUCCAGAACCACCAAGGUGUAAGAGAGUUUAAGCACGCGGAUAUUGCAAAGGGUUAUUAGAUUCAUAAGUCACCGAAGUGGUGGGCGAUCUACUGAGCACAGCAGAAGUUCUCAUAUGAUGACUUCAAACAAGACACAUUACCUACCAGCAUCUGUUGGAGUGAGUGGAUAUUAAGACACUUCUAUCUCCAGGACAGCGUAGGGGAAAAUGUUCCACCAGGUUAGAAGAGUGAUGACCAUCCUGUUCCUUACUAUGGUUAUUUCAUACUUCAGUUGCAUGAGAGCUGCGCCCAUGAGAGACGUCCCGGGAAUGCGGGGCCACCGAACAGAUGGUUACUUGGGUGCGACAGUGAUGGCUGGCCGGGGCCACGGGACUCCACAAAGCGGGGGUGGGCCUGGCCAGCGUGGGGGACUGCCUUCGUUCACAGACACGUUUGAGCAGGUGAUUGAAGAGCUCUUGGAGGUGGAAGGCGAGCCAGUGGCUGACAAUAGCCAGGGAGGAGGGGGUCCUUCUGUGGUCACCACGGAGACCAAGGAUGUUGACCUGUAUGCAUCACGGGUGAUGAUCAGCAACCAAGUGCCUUUAGAGCCACCGUUGCUCUUUCUCCUGGAGGAAUAUAAAAACUACCUGGAUGCCGCAAACAUGUCCAUGAGGGUGCGACGGCAUUCUGACCCAUCUCGGCGUGGAGAGCUCAGUGUGUGUGACAGUAUUAGCCAGUGGGUGACAGCUGUGGACAAAAAGACAGCAAUAGACAUGUCUGGGCAGACCGUUAGCGUCCUGGAAAAGGUCCCUGUCCCCAAUGGCCAACUGAAGCAAUACUUUUAUGAGACCAAAUGUAACCCUAUGGGGUACACAAAGGAGGGCUGCCGUGGAAUAGACAAGCGCCAUUAUAACUCCCAAUGUAGGACAACCCAGUCCUAUGUGCGAGCGCUCACCAUGGAUAGCAAAAAGAAAAUUGGCUGGCGGUUUAUAAGGAUAGACACUUCAUGUGUAUGUACACUAACCAUUAAAAGAGGAAGAUAGUGUAUAUGAUGUAUAGAUUUUAUUGAGAGUUUAAAAAAGAGAAAAUAUCUAUUUGUAUAUAUACAUAACAGGGUAAAUUAUUCCGUCAGAUGAACAUUUUAUGGACUGCAUGUAAAAAAGAUGAAGUUUAUACAGUAAAAGUGAUACUACAGUCUAUUUAUUGAACAUAUUCAUGACCUUGUAAACAAUUAAAAAAAGAACUGAUAAGUCAUUUGCGCCCAGUUUAAAUUACUAUCACAUUCUUCAAGACAUUGUGGUUUGUUUACGUUGCCAAUAAUUCGAGGAAGAACGAAAAAAGUGAUGAGGACAAGGGAGAAAAUGAAGAUAAGUUCAAUAUUUUUUUUAAACAUGCAUGCUGCUUCAAUUGUGAAUUGAGAAAUUAUCCACCUAGUAAAAAAGGAUACCAAACAAAACAUUCCGUUUACAUACUCAAAAGUAUAAGUACCUUGGUACUUUAUCUGUUUACUGUUCUAAACUUCAAGGUAAUGUUGGAAUUACAUACUAUGUCAAGGUGCUGUUGUCAAAGCUUUGCUGUUUAUUUUUUUAUCCCCACCAGAAGACAAUA